AACGGGAUCAGUGACGUCAGACGCAAAGCCCCGGGCCUGCCGCUGGAGCGUGAGGGACCGCUCGAAUUCCGUUUGGAGGCUUCUUUGAGCUCGCAGAGUAGACAUCAUGAGCAAAGCCCACCCUCCCGAGUUGAAGAAAUUUAUGGACAAGAAGUUAUCAUUGAAAUUAAAUGGUGGCAGACAUGUCCAAGGAAUAUUGCGGGGAUUUGAUCCCUUUAUGAAUCUUGUGAUAGAUGAAUGUGUGGAGAUGGCAACUAGUGGGCAACAGAACAAUAUUGGAAUGGUGGUAAUACGAGGAAAUAGUAUCAUCAUGUUAGAAGCCUUGGAACGAGUAUGAACAAGGGCUGUGUUCACCAGGGAAAUCAACUGCUUCCGUGUGUCCCCUUCUCCACAUUUUACUACCAGAAAAAUUGGGUUGUGUACAUUUUCUUACUGAACUUUUUUGUUAAAUAAACUUUUGUAAUAGCCAAGAA